AACGAUAGAAAUUUUUGUGCUGUGAUGUGAUGUAUGAUUUUGAUUUAUGGAUCAAAAAUUUAUAAUUGAGAGUUGCAAUACUGUAUUUGUAUUAAGUGUAUGAAUUAAUUAUUGAACAACCAAUUAAAAAAGCUUGUAAAUUUUAAGACGGUUGGAAAUUCCCAUGAAAGUUAUAAGCGUAGAAAAACAUUAACUAUAAAUUAAAUAGGCUGUGGGCAGUAUUAAAAUAACAAUGCUUUAAAAUUUGAUAUUAAACUGCAUAAUAAUAUAAAAUCAUGGCUCAGAGUUCACAUGGAGGUAGUCAUCGGAGAAGUCGUGACCAUGAGGGCUCAAUGCGGUACACAAAUACAGAUUGGGAGGCAAAAGAAGCUGUAUACAUUCGGGAAUUGGAUGAAGCACGUGCUAGAGCCACCCAAAUGGAAAAGACAAUGAGAUGGUGGUCCGAUUGUACCGCAAAUUGGAGGGAAAAGUGGAGUAAGGUACGUAACGAAAGAAAUAAGGCUAGAGAUGAAGCAAAACAACAUAAAACUAAAGUAGAUAUCCUUACUAAGGAAUUAAACACUCUGAAAUCAGAAAAAGGUGAUCUGGAACAACAAAUAGAAGAACUUAAAAGAGACAAUGAAAAACUUCUCAGCUUAGGUGAAAAGAGGAUUGUUUCUGGUGACUUGAGUACGGAAGAUGGUGUUGAAUUAAGGAAAAAGAAUACUGGGUUUAUAUCUCCAAAUGAAUCCUCAGCCCGUCAAAGGGCUUCCUUAGAUUCUCAUAAAUUUUCAAAUGUAGAUAAUGUACUUGCUAACAAAUUAAGCGAAAUGAGAUUGCGUCUGGAUGAAACAUCAAAAAGCUUACAAAGUGAAAAAGAUCAAAAGUCAUUCUUGCUUGUUAAGAUUGAAACUUUGACAGCUGAAUUACAUAGUGCUAAAAUGGAAUUAGCACAUAGUGAUAGAACACUAGGUUCUACAGAUUCUAGUCAUAGUGAAGUAGAAAAAUUGCAAAACGAAUUGCAAGACGAAAUUGCCGCAAAGCAGGUGUUAGAAGAAAAAAUUGCUGAACUAAAAAUGGAAAUUGAGAGGCUCAAAUCCGAGAAUACUGUUCAGUGGAGUAAACGAGAACUCUUAGAAACGGAAAACAUAGCUAUAUUACGAGAAAACAAACAGCUUUAUAGCCAAGUCUGUGAGUUGCGAGAACAGAUACACAAACUCAACAGAAUUUCGGACGGUAGUAUUUAUGGAGUGCCCUACAAUGAUCACAAUAGCAGAUUGGAUACCAAUGUAUUAUAUAUUAGGAAGACUAGCAUUAGUCCUAGAUCUCAUGAGUCUAGUAAUGGUUCUUCGGAAGCUAAUUUAGCGCACAUGGACACUAAAACAAAUACAUCAGGUGAAGAUGAUGAAUUGGCCAUUGUGGAAAGGGAUGAAAAUUGAUAAAAUUCAACAUACCUUUUUAUUGACAAGACUCGGAUGACAAGAAAAAAUAAUUCAGUUGUUUUUAAAUAUUAUCAGAGAUGUAAUGUGUCAGUUUAAAAAAGUAUUAAUUCGCAUUUAUUUUUUACUGUUCCAUGGAAUUUAGAACAUUCAAGUUUAUACAUUUAAAAUAAUUAAAACAUUCCAUGCUUUUUCGAUAUUUAGGGAGAGAAUAUCCAAAGUUUGAAAUCCAGAUUUCUUGAAACCUUAAAUGCGUAAUAUGUUCAAAGUUUGAAAUGGGACUGCAAUAUAUUUUUUGCUUGCCAUAAAUUCUUAUGCAGUUACAAAAUUUAAAAUGUUCAAUUUUGUAUUUCAUGAUAAUUUUUCAUGCAGCAGUUGAUCUGAAUUUUAUUAUAUAUAAAUAUUAGAUUAGGAUCUCAAGCUUAUAUUAAAACUCAGAACUUUCGACUGGAUGUACCCAUUUUAAUUAUUCUUUUUUUUAUUUCAAAACGGUGACUAGUGUAUAUAUAUAUUUAAUUUUAGUCUCAUUCUGACAAUUUGAAGGCCCCUUAUUUUAUGUUGAAAAUCUAUAAUUUCACUUCUACUAUUUACGUAAUGAUGUUUUGUUUUCUAAAAAAUAGCUUUAAUAAGCAAGUAUAAUAUUUUCAAAAUCACGGUUAAUAUUUAGGAAAAUAUUAAAGUUUCUCAGAAAAAAUAACUAAUUAUGUAAUUAUACUGAUACUUAUGAGUUUAAACGUGUGGUUUUAAGUUAUUUUCAUUGUACGCAUAGUACGGAAAAUUCUUACGGAAAAUAUUUCGGACCGCCAAUAUAUGGUCGCGCUGCGGUACGUAUAUCUGUUUUGAGAGCGUUUCUUUAACUCAUACUGAUCAUCCACAUUAAUUUUUUUAUGGAUUUAAAUAGGAGAUGAAUAAAUUCAAGGAAGUGUUUUUUCUUAUAAUCUUAAAAGUAGAUGAUUGUUGACGAUUUGAUAGUCUAGUUUUUAAAAAUACUGUAAAGUGCAAAUGUACAUUUGUGGUGACUACAUCUAUAAUAUAGUUUCGUUGAUUUCCAAAAUAUUGACUGUACAUUCACGACUCUAGCUUUAUAAACCAAAUUGUACAUUAUUACAGUUGUUUUCUAGUAUAAGUUAUUAUUUAUUGCUUGACUUGCCUACAAAAUAUAGUUUUAAGGUAAUUUUCCGCAAUUAACUGUAGGUACUAUAAAAUGUAAAAUAUCAUGAAGAUCUAUUUUUUCGUAUUUCUAAAUUAAUACAAAAAAGGCCUAACUUUAUCCUUAACGAAUUUUUUCAAUGAUCUGUAGUACAGUGAGUUUUUAUUUCUAAUUCAAAGCAUUGUGUGUUAACAAUAGUUAUCAGGAGGGAAUAAAAGGAAUAAGAAAU